CCAUCUUGGUCGGGGCUCUAAUCUGUUUUAUGCCUGAAGAGAGGAGCUGCACCCACCCCCUUCCUUAGAGACAGCGCUAAACCUAAACCACGAGCCUGUCUGGGGAGCAGCUCCGCACGCGCUCGCUUUAAUGAAAUGAAAGCGGGGUCAGUGACGCAUGCACUGAAAAAAGUCUUCACGGAAAAGUUGCCAACAUUGGCCUUAGAACCGGUGGUCUUAACAGGGAGGCUCACAUACGGCGAGGAAAUAUGUCAUUCUUUAACUUUCGUAAGAUCUUUAAACUAGGUGGCGAUAAAAAGAAGAAACAGUACGAGCAUGUCAGUCGGGAUGUGAACCCGGAGGAUGUUUGGGAAGUCGUGGGCGAACUGGGAGAUGGGGCCUUUGGCAAGGUGUACCGGGCUCAAAACAAAGAAACUGGAAUUCAGGCUGCAGCUAAAGUGAUUGAUACAAAGACAGAGGAAGAACUGGAAGAUUACAUGGUUGAGAUAGAGAUUCUUGCUUCUUGUGAUCAUCCGAAUAUUGUCAAGCUUUUGGAUGCUUUCUAUUAUGAAAGUAAACUUUGGAUUUUAAUAGAAUUUUGUGCAGGAGGAGCUGUAGAUGCGGUAAUGUUGGAGUUGGAGCGACCUCUUACAGAACCACAGAUUCAGGUUGUCUGUAAGCAGACUCUUGAAGCGUUAAGCUACCUCCAUGAAAACAAAAUCAUUCACAGAGAUCUUAAGGCUGGCAAUAUCCUUUUAACACUGGAUGGUGAUAUUAAGCUUGCUGAUUUUGGAGUGUCAGCCAAGAACACGAGGACACUGCAGAGAAGAGAUUCGUUUAUUGGGACACCAUACUGGAUGGCCCCAGAAGUGGUAAUGUGUGAGACUUCAAAAGACAGACCCUAUGACUACAAAGCUGAUAUUUGGUCUUUAGGUGUUACAUUGAUUGAAAUGGCCCAAAUUGAACCACCCCAUCAUGAGCUGAAUCCAAUGCGAGUAUUACUAAAAAUUGCAAAAUCAGAGCCCCCUACCUUGGCACAGCCAUCAAAAUGGUCUCCUAUGUUCAAUGACUUUUUAAAGAAAUGCUUGGAGAAGAAUUUGGAGGCCAGAUGGAACAGCCCUCAACUGCUUCAGCAUCCAUUUGUGGCCAGUGUCACCUCCAAUAAACCAGUCCGGGAGCUAAUAGCUGAAGCCAAAGCAGAAGUAUUAGAGGAAGUUGAAGAAAGUAAAGAUGAGGAAGAGGAAGAAGAACCAGAAACACCACUUAUAACACCAGGGCAUAAACGUGCCUCUUCUGAUGUUAGCAUUGUCAGCUCAGAUGAUGAGAAGCUUUCACAAAAUGCGACAACAUUGGAGUCUGUUUCAGAGAAGUCUGAGCCUGAAGCUGGUGACAAAGUCUCAGAAAAAACUAAUGACAGUCUUUCCAUUGAGAAUAUAGCAGUCUUCGAAGACACCAAGGCAGAAAAUGAGAAAGAAAAUGAAAACAGAUUAUCAGGUCUUAGUAGUGAAGAUGCAGGACUUCAGCAAGAGAUGGUUUCUACAGAGCAGAAAGCAGAGACUGUUCAGGAGGAGACCUUUCCAGCAGAGCAAAAGCCAGAGAAUGUAAAGGAAGAGGCCAUUACUGUAGCACAAAAAACAGAAGAGCGUGUGCAAGAAGGGAAUGUUUCUGCAGAACAGCAACCAGAUGAGGCUUUAACAACUAGUACUGUUGAACAACAAGAAGGAGGUGAAAAUGCAUUUGUUGAUCUGCAAAAAGAAACUGAACGAAGUACAGAAGUGGAAGAGAGGGUGAAAACAGAAGUAACUGAAAAUCAUAUUGAAGUUCAUGACAAACCAGUCGAUAGCAGGGAGGGCAUUAUGCAGGAAGGUGGUGAUGAAACAGCCAUUACUUCAUCUGUUGUAGUACAAGAUCCUACACUUCAUUCUACUGUGAAAGACCAUGAUGUCUGUAAAGAAGACCUUGAAAAUAUUAAUGAGCUCGCACAAUCUGAAACUGAAAAUUCAGAAGUGGAAACUGUUGAAGAAAAGCUGCCAGGUAUGGAUUUUAAGAACGAGGAAGAUCAAAAUGUAGAGGAAGAAGGUAUUGGUAAAGAUGCCCAAGUGAUGUUUACUAAGCAAAUAGUAAAGGAAAAUGUAGAUAGUUCAGGUGAACCUGCUGCUGUAAACCCUGUAGUGCAAAACCUUCCAGAAGAUGCUGUGAAGGAUGUUACAGUAACUAAAGCUGAGGCUGCCGAGACACUUCCUGAGGAGCUAAACAAAACUGAAUCUGUGAAGAAUACUGAAAAUCAGCAAGGCGAAUCGCAACCUGUUGUAAUACCCAGCAUCACUGUAUUUCCUGCUGAACCUAAAGAAGUUAUAACCAGUACCCCUAAAAAAGUGGAUGAACUAAAUCGUGUUGAACCUGAGGUUCAAGGAGAUAAAGAAAAAGACAAUGAUUCUGGCAAUGGUUCUAUUACAGAUAAUAGCAGUAUUGAUUUGAACCUUUCAAUUUCCAGUUUUCUGACCAAAAACAAAGAGACUGGAUCAGUAUCUAUUCAGGAAACUAGAAGGCAGAAGAAGACUUUGAAGAAGACUCGCAAGUUUAUGGUUGAUGGAGUUGAAGUGAGUGUGACAACUUCUAAAAUAGUUACAGAUAAUGAUGCCAAGAGUGAAGAACUUCGCUUCCUCAGGCGCCAGGAGUUGAGGGAACUGCGACUUCUACAGAAGGAAGAACAGAGGGCCCAGCAGCUGCUCAGCAGCAAACUUCAACAGCAGCGAGAGCAGAUUUUCCGACGCUUUGAACAGGAAAUGACGGGUAAAAAACGGCAAUAUGACCAGGAGCUUGAAAAUCUGGAAAAGCAGCAAAAGCAGACAAUUGAACGGCUGGAGCAAGACCACACAAACCACCUUCGAGAUGAGGCGAAAAGGAUUAAAGCAGAGCAGGAGAAAGAGUUGUCCAAGUUUCAGAAUAUGUUAAAAAAUCGAAGGAAAGAGGUUUUAAGUGAAGUGGAGAAAACACCAAAAGAGCAAAGAAAAGAGCUUAUGAAACGCACAAAAGAGGAGCUUGCACAGAGCCAGCAUGCUCAGGAGCAAGAGUUCUUGCAGAAGCAGCAGCAAGAUCUUGACAGUGCCCUUAAGAAGAUAAUUCAGCAGCACAAGAUGGAGUUAGCAACAGUUGAGCGUGAUUGCCUUAAUAACAAACAGCAAAUGCUGAGAGCUCGAGAGGCUGCUAUCUGGGAACUAGAAGAACGUCACCUCCAGGAGAAACAUCAGCUGCUAAAGCAGCAACUUAAAGACCAGUACUUCAUGCAAAGGCACCAGUUGCUGAAAAGACAUGAAAAGGAAACUGAGCAAAUGCAGCGGUAUAAUCAGCGUCUUAUUGAAGAAAUGAAGAACAAACACACUCAGGAGCGUGCAAGGCUGCCAAAAAUUCAACGUAGUGAAGCAAAGACUCGCAUGGCUAUGUUUAAAAAAAGCUUGAGAAUCAAUUCUAGUGGAUCUCCUGAACAGGAUCGGGAAAAAAUUAAACAGUUUGCUGUUCAAGAGGAGAAAAGGCAGAAGAAUGAGAGGUUGGCUCAGCAACAGAAACACGAAAACCAAAUGCGAGACCUUCAGUUGCAAUGCGAAGGAAAUGUUCGUGAACUUCAUCAGUUGCAGAAUGAGAAGUGCCACUUGUUGAUUGAGCAUGAGACACAGAAGUUGAAGGAACUGGAUGAGGAGCACAUGAUGGAGCUGAAAGACUGGCGAGAGAAAUUACGACCUAGAAAAAAGACGCUGGAAGAGGAGUUUGCCAGAAAACUGCAAGAGCAGGAAAUGUUCUUUAAAAUGAGUGGUGAAUCAGAAUGCCUUAACCCGUCCACACAGAGCCGAAUUUCCAAAUUUUACCCUGUUCCUAGCUUGCAUUCUACAUCAUAAUUUCAGAAACUUGUGCAGUUCAACUUUGUAGUGAAGAACUAUAUUACACCCUCACCCCAGUGGUUGUAUCUUCUCCAGACAGCAUCAUUAAAACCUCAGCUGCCUGUCUCCUUCUUCAGUGAAGACAAUCAACAGCACCCAGCUCAGAAUUUUGCUUCUCGCUGGGGAUUUCGUACAAGUAGAUAGAGUUUUUAAACUCUUAAAUUGAAUGCUGUUUGCAAGACUGUUACUUUUUGAUACUUGUAAUCGGUGUUUUGAGGGUGGGGGAUACUUUAAAACUUGGUACAGGGCUGUGAAAAAAAACUGAAGUAUUUCAUACUGUUUAAAAGCUUAGUACUUUGACAUGAUAUAUUCACCUUGCUGGAUGUGUGCACUGUAUUGAGAGAGAGAGGAGAGAAUUUUAUGAAGUAAUCGUGACAGAUCUGUACACGGUAAACCCUGGAAAUAUUACACAGUAGGUAGAUCACUGACUUCAGAAAGAGUGGGACAUGUCUGUUGUAUAGUAACUGCUUCUCUGUAACAUGCAGGUCACACUAAGAUUUAAUUUGGUGCAAUCCUAUCAGUUUAAGCAUAUCAGAUUGUUUCAUUGGCACUUUACUCUGCUGAGCAGUAAUCACACCAUGGGUCUGAUUCUGGCUUUCAUGCAAGACUGGGAAGUUGUGCUACUUAUACUUCUGGCUGAGAGUUUUGAAGUUUGUUCCGCACAUUGGUUGUGAGUCUACCUUAGCCAUAGUUAUGCAUGGAAAUGGUGUGAGAUGCCAAGCAUAGCAUUGGGGUAUGCAGUCAUUAAUCAAGUUUACCAAAACAGAACAGAAAGAGCUCAGGCAAACAACAUAACACUCCACUGCACUUUCCCUGCUAGACUGCAUAGUGGGGGGCUUUCAUUUUACUAAUCCUGUGCCUAAACACAAGUUAGACCCAAGCUUGUGGCUCUCUUCAAUUUACUGGCAGCAGAUUACUGUCAGUUUUUGUUUUCUUUAGAGCAGGAUAUCUGCUUCUGCUGCCAACUGUUGCUGGAAGUCCUUGCCCUGAAAUUCUUUAUGCUAAAAUCUGUGUAAAGGGGAAGACUAAGGCAAUUGAAGGUGCUCUAUGUAUUUUAUUUAGGCCUUUAUCAGCUUCACUUAUGUUAGAUAGCAGCUUUUGAAUCAUCAGAGAUGGUACAUCAAAGAUGAAUCAGCAAAGACACUUGCGUGCUAAUGCACUUGUUCUUAGUCCUUUGAUAAAUGUCAGGUUGCUGUUUAUUUACUGAGUUUUUAGCUACACACUCCACUUUUAAAUUUACUAUCUUAUGUUAAAUUAUGGGCCACUUUUAUAGUUCAGGAUUGUGAAAGCACUGAGCUACUUUUUAAUGGACUUCUGUAGACUAAAGAGCCAAUUUAUAUCGUAUUAAAUUGGGUAUUCUUUAAAGAAAAUUAAAAUACAGCAGAAAUAGUUGUCUACAGAAAUUGGAACUGUGAUUUUUAUCUCCGUCUUCUUCCUAUACUGUAGUAAUUGUGGAACCUGACUGGGUUUUAAGUUUCAUUUUGACCAUUAGUGAUUUUAAGUUAUUUUGUUUUGCAUCUGCUGUAUUCUAGUUGUGUGGCAAACCAAGUAUUUGUAAGAGCAAGUAUAAAAUAUGGCGUGGACUUGUACUUUAUACUGGUAGUUUUAUUUUGCCCUUUUGGCACUUUUUCUUUCUGGGUUUUCCCAGCUUACUGAAUGUAAUGUCUUUCUGUCAUAUCAUAACAGUGUUGUAAAAUUGUAUUACAGUAUACAUUAUGAAGGCAUGUCUGUAAUGUUGUACUUGUAUGUUGUUAGUGACAUAGUCACAUGUAAAUUUGCCAUCACACCCCUAAAGUGUUUUUUUGCUUAUAUAUAUAUAUAUAUAUAUAUAUAUAUAUAUAUAUAUAUAUAUAUAUGCACACACAUAUGUAAAUAUACAUACACGUGUAUUUAUAUACAUGUACACAUAAUCUGUGUAUAAUAUAUAUAAAAUAGUGUGCGUGUGUGUGUGUUUAUACAUAGAGUACCCAAGCAGAUUGCAUGCAAUAUAAACCACUUAAAAGUUGGUUUAAGAGCAUGUUGAAAUGUUAAGUACAGGAUACUUUGGUGUUAGUACUUUUAUUCUCAGAAGUACUUUGUGGAUUGGGGAGGAGGAAUCAGAACUGUGCAUACAUUGCUAUGUUUAGUUUAUCAGCAUUGUUAAUUUUGUAAUAUUUGUAUGUGAACUGUCCUCCACUUGUAGGGUUUUGGACCUUAUUGGAAGCACAUUAUGUAAUGAUCAGUGUUUAAAAAUGCUUGCACCAACUGCAUGUUUAUAUUCUUUGUACUUACUGUUGUACAUAAUUAUUUUUGUAGUUAAAGAUUUCCUUUGCAAAUCAUAUAAUUGUCUUUAAAAUAAUUCCAGUUGAUUAUUCAGAAUUUUUCACAUAUUAUGAUUUGUCCGUAUCCCCAGAACAUUCCAAAAAUAUAUUAUUCUGGCACUACUAUGCUCUUAUUUUCUUUUUGACUCCUUAUGUGCUAUGGACACCAUUAUUGGUAUAGGCUUUGUUUUUGACCGACUUAUUUCAUCAAGAAUCAGAUACAGAUAAAAUAAGGAGUUAUAUGGGACAUUAAACCGAGGUAUAAUACAGGAAGAAGUACCUAGGGUUUCUUCAGGUAGUCCUCAAGGGAAAAAGGCAGAAAACUGAAAGAAUAGUUAGAAAAAUACUAAUUCUUCAAUGUAUUUCUCAGCCUUUUUUUUUUCUUUUUUUUUUUUUUUUGUAAAUAUGUUUCGUUAUCAUCUAAUGUCUUUUUCAUCAGUUCUUUGACCAGUUGGUCUCUGAUCUGGCUUCAGCCACUUUGCUAGACUUACGAUCUGUAGUUGGAGCUCCUCCCCUUACCUGUAAUCUUCUCUUCUCCUAGAUUACCUCAGAUUGUUUGCAGGUUCAGUGUUUGGACAUGGUCAUAAGCUUGAUUAUUUUGUGGGACAGAUAAGCGAUUUUUCCAUUUAUCUUGGUCUGUUUUUGUCCUUUUCUUCUCUCCUCCAUGUUCUUUGCAAUAUUGAUAUAUUAAAGAAGAUUUAAAGGAGGAUGGCAUAAUGGUUAAGGUGUUUACCUUACAGACACAAGGUGCAAGGUUUGAUUCUCACAUGGGGUAAUUGGCUAGGCAUGAAAUGCCCCACAAGGGCAGUUAGCCUAGUACUAAUCUAUGAUGCUUUUCUAUGAAAAUGUUUUCCUUUAGGUUAUUUCUAACUCUGCUAGUCAUUGGGCCUUGCACCUUUUGCUUUUCUUGCUACCUACCUGGUGCUACUUUUGUCUACCAUUAUUGGUGCUUCCUUUCUCCUUUGCACCUUUUGGGUAUUAGUGUUACUAUUGUUUGUGUUUCUCUCUGCUUUGUAUACUUUCUGGUUGUAUAUUUUUUUGUUGUUGUAUUGAUUCCUUGUGUUGCUUUAAUGGAUAAAUCAAAAGGAUUCAAAAAAUACUCCAUGUGGACACAAAUCCCCAAAUCAGAUGCCCACUCUGAGUGUGUGUGUGUCCACUGCCUUGAGGCAGUUCAUCUUACCCCAGAUUGUAAUAUUUGUACUGCAUUUAAUCAUAGGGCUGUAGUAGAGUGUCAGAAUAAGUUCAUCUUGAAAAGAUUACUCCCCUGCACUUCUUCACCUGGAGCUCCUUCCUCAUCUAAGAAGUCUUCAGAGUCUACAAAUGGAGAUGCACUGACAAAUCUAAAGAGUCAAGGAAGUGUUCCUUAGAUUGCUCUUCUUUUUUGGGUCAGCUCCACCUGAGAAAAUCUCAAGAAAUUUGGAUCUGAAUACCACUUCCUAUCCAACACCGUCAAAACCAUGGGAUCCAAUUGCUCCUUCGGAUCUAACUCAAACUAAGUCUAAGUCUCCUCAGGCCAGAUCAAAGUUCUCUCCAGAGUCUUAUUACUUUGAGGAUUCACUCACCUUUCUUGCAGGAGACACCUCAAAGGAUAUCCCGUCCACCCCUCCACCUCUUCAUCCUUCAGGUUAUCUAGAAGUCUAACAGAAGCAAAUGUGGACAGGAUGAAGAGAGUUUCUUUCAGAGUUAUUCCUACUCUUGUCUCCCAUCAUAUCCGUGAGCCUACCUCCAGUAAAACCCCAACUUUUGGCUCCUAUUCCAAUCCGUCCACUGACUUCGGAUCCUGUGGACACAAGAAUUACAAGCUUGCCUGUGGUGGAUCCGAAAGCAUGGCCUUUGACUCAGACACUUUCUCUUCCAGAUGGCACUGACUCUGUCAAAUCUACAAGGAUCUCAGAGCAGUAGCAUGUGUGUCAGAUCCAGGAGUUUGCGUUCAACUCUGAUGUUUUUGGAGCCAUACUUUCCUCUCAGAGCCUCAGUGUUGGACAGCUCAACUCCAGCCUCUGCAUCAAUGCAGAAUCUUGGGGAGACUAGGUUCCAAAACAAACAAACAUGAUUUUUGAUGACUUUUUGUAUUUAUUAAUUAUACAAGCAACUGUUUGAUUCCAUUUUAACAUUGCUUGCCUGAUGAAGCUAUAUUAAAAAGCACUGUAAUUGUUUUACAUUAAAGUUCUUUAAAUUGGUACGCGUAGCGUCCAGAUCUCUCUUUUUUGUUUGUUUUAUUGCUUUGUAUAGUGUAAUCCAGUUUAUUGGUCUGGCAAAACCUUGUUUUUAUUUGAGAUCGGGUACCAGCCUGCACAGGUGGCUUUGGAUCCUGGCAGACUUGGAUUUGGUUUCCCCAUGGCUUCUGCCUUUGAGAUGGGGUGAGAGCAUUUUCCACCUUCAUAAACAAAAAAUCCUUGACCCCAUCAGGUCCAUCACUUUUUUCAGCUGUCUGUUGUAGAUUCUGGGCUUUUUCAUCCUGUCCCAUUGGUACAGCCAGUCUGAUCAAGUGGGGGAGACCAUCCUCAUUCAGGACUCUGGCAUUUGAGUCCUCUCCCGAAUCUCCCACCAGAGAGCCAGAGGCACUUAGACUCCCCACAGUAGUCUUUAACCAAAGACUUUGACUUUGAUGAAGGGGAAGGGGUCUCCAGAUCACCCAUUGAGGAUGUCUCUUUCAGUGAAAUACUCAAACUUUUAAGACGUGUUUGGUCUUCUAACCCACCAUUCGCAGGAGGCAUUAGUGUGUUUUGAAGCUUUCAGAGCCGGCUCAGCUAUGUCUUUGGUAGUCCACCCCCAGCGGACAAGAUGGUGGAUGUUAUGUUCCACCAGGUGUGGAAGGAUCCAGAUGUCACAGAGCCUUUACCCAAGAUGCCAGAUAAAUACCUCACUGCACCAAGGGAUAGGGCCCAUUGGAGCAAGGGUCCUUCCAGUUGUGGUGGUGGUUGCAGCAGCCACCAAGAAGGAACUCGUGGAACAGAAUUCUUUUGUUCAUUCCUCAACAGAGUAUCCAGGUCAUUGAGCAGAUUUGGGAAGUGUGUCUAUGCUUCAGUGUCCUUUACCCUCAGUUCACUGAACUAUUUGGAACACAUUGCGACAUUUCUGGGUCCAUGCCUGUGGGAGGACAAGAAGACUUUUUUUUACAACUGGCCACCCUCCAGUCUCUGUUGAAUGCCUCAGUGAGGUUGAUUUCCCACGCCUCAGAGGGAGUUUCAGGAGCUGCAGCUUCAGGAAUUGCUAUACAAAGGCACACCUGUAUUCACCUUUGUGACUUUGCAGAGCCCUUCAAGACUUCAUUCAUCAGUACUCUUUUUGAUGGAUCCACCUUGUUUCUCUCUAAGGUGAGAGACUUUCUCCGGGAGCAAUCAGGAUGAGAAGAUGUAAUCUGCUAUGGGAAUUAAUUUUUCUACCCUUCAGAGGACUUUCUACCAGAACCAGAGAAGAGGCAAAAAGAUGUGGUUCUGAAAGAUGUACAGGUCUUCAAAGCACUGCUAUGGAGACAGAUCCCCUGCGGCAGAGAGGGGAACUGUAGUAGAAGAUAUCCCCCCCCCCCCCCCACCAUGGCAGAGGUGGACCUCAACAUCAGAGCUUUAGAGGUCCUUUUUCUGAGAAGCCCUUUCAUCACCCUGAAGGGUUGCCUGACCGCUACACUCUGGAGUCAGUCAGGUGGCACUUGUCUCUACACCCAGAAGCCUGGACAGCCAUUACCUAAGGUACUUGGAUUCUCAGAAUAAUAUCCAGAGGGUAUUGCAUACCAUUUUUUCUUCUGCCUUCCAGAAGAACAAAAUAAUUCCUAACAUUCCACCCAGUCAGAGGAAAGCAGAGCCUGUAGAUAUAGAAAAAGCAGCUGAGAAAAAGUCAUCCAAGUAGUAUCCCCAGACCAAAACGGACCCGGAACAUAUUCAAGAUUUUUUUUUUUAGUGCCAAAGAAGAUAGGGGACCAGUUGUAGAUCGUAGCAGUCUGAAUCAGUUCAUAAAACACUUGCAGUUCCAUUUGGUCACAGUUUAGUGUGCUCUUCCACUGUUACUGAAGAAUGAUCGGAUGUGCUCUGUAGACCUCCAGGAUCCACACUAUGGUAUCAAGAUACACAGGUACUCCAAGAGAUACCUAUGCUUCCAGCUGGGAGCCCGUCACUAUGAAUUCAGAGCCCUGCCUUUUGGUCUCAACAAAGCCCCCAGGAAGCUCGCCUAGUGCAGGGCAGUGGCCACAGCUCACUUGAGACUACAUGGAUUCAUUGUGUUUCCUUACCUAGAUGACUGGCUGUAUUCUGUUUCCACCAAGCCUCUACUGAUUUAGGCCAUGGAUUACUUGCUCCAUCUGUGUGUUCAACUGGGCAUCACAGUGAACUAUGCUAAGUCUCAUAUUUCCCCUGCACAAGCCCUGGAAUUCAUUGGUGCUUAUCUGGAUAUGGUUACACAGAUUGCUAGCUUACCACAGAUAAGGAUAAACAGUCUACUGAACCAAGAGUUACACAAUCUGUCUUCCUUCUCCUCCAACCAGGCUGGUAUUAGUUUCAUGGAUCAGUGGCAACCUCUGUAGUUCUGGUAACUUUAACAAGAUUUACAAUAGCUGAUAGGGUGUCACUCUCUGACUGCUUCUAUUCGAAUAACAAAUAUUUGCAAACAACACAUUUCCUGGAAGAUUCGCACAGAAGUUGCGUCUGUGGGCCGCCCAAUUUUUCUUCCUACACUCAUGGCCACAGUGACAAUGGAUUACUUGGGAAGGAUGAUCCAAGGUACUUGGUCUCUGUUAGAGGUCAAUCUUCGUAUCAAUGUCCUAGAAAUGAGAGCAGUCCUAUUGGUGUUGCAGACAUUUCAAGAUGCUAUUCAUACGGCCGACAUGUCAGUGGUCUGGUACAUCAACAAACGGGGAUGAACCCGGACCCACCCCCUAUUUGGAGAUGCAGUGAAUGUAGCAAGGGGCAAUCUCUUCUAGCCACUUUCUGUUGUCAUUGCAUAGUCCAGCAUGCUAUCAGACUGAGCAGAUCCAUUUUACUUCCUCAUGAGUAGUUUCUCAAUUAAGUCGGUGGCAAAAGUGAUAUUUCACCAAAGGGGCAACCAAGCUGUGACCUGUUUGCUUCUCCCAUCAAUUCCAAAUGUAGUAGGCACUUUUCCCUGAUCUGCCCGGAGAGGGAGUCACCAAGAAGACUGCCUGAUUAUUGGCCCACUGGUCUCCUCCAUACCUCACCCCCUGACUCCACUGAUUCCCAGCUUUGUCCAGAAAGCAUUUCAGUGGAAAAGCAAGGUAAUCCUCAUUGCACCAUUCUGACCUCAUCAAGUGUGGCUGCGCUUCCUGUGGCCUCACCUCAUCAUCCCAGAAAGUUCCUACCAGAAAGAUAUGUAAGAGCAGAUGGAAAAGGUUUUCUAUCUGGGCCCUGCAGAGACAAUUAGAUCUUUUUUCAGCAUCAAUCCCAGCUGUUCUUGACUUCUUUGUUUUUAUUUUUAGUGAUGGAGCAAGUUACUUGACAAUUAAGGUCCAAAUUGCUGCCUUUUCUAACUUUCACUCAGGCCAAAACCAUUCUUCAUUGGCCUCUCUGAGCUUAUGCAAUUUUUUUUCUUAAAAGUACCUUUUUACUUUAGCCACCUAUUAAGGAUCCUAUUCCUCUGUGGAGUUUAACAGUACUUCAAGCUUUGACCCAAUCUCGCUUUCAGCCUUCAGCUGAGGUAAAAUGAAAGUAGUCAUUCUGGAAAACUAUUUUCCUGAUUGCCAUUACAUUGGCUAGAUGAGUAUCAGAACUCUAGGCGUUUUCUUCCCAGCUACUUAUCUGAUUUUUUUGUAAGGACAGGGCAUCACUUCAAGAGUAAUCCAUCUUACCUAAGGUGGUAUCAGAAACAACUGUCAACCAAUCCCAUCUAUCUACCCGUUUUCUUUUCUAGUUUUUCCAGCAAGGGAGAAUACAUGCUGCACAUGUUGGAUGUUCAUAGACAACUUAGAUUCUAUAGUCAUAGAACUAAAUAUUUCAGAAAAUCAGAACAAUUGUUUUUCUUUUUCCAAAGCUAAAUUGGCAAAACAACCUUGGCUAGAUGGCUCACUGAUUACAUUUCCUUUGUCUGCAAGAAUAAAGAAUUGACAUUACCCAAACCACCUAAGGCUCAUUCCACCAGAUCAAAGAUGACCUCAACAGCUUUUUCAUCAAGAGCUUCUGUAAAUGACAUUUGUGCAGAUUCGACUUUAUCUAGUGCUCACACCUUUAUAACUCAUUAUUAAUUGGACAUUUUAUCUUGGAGUAGAGCAGCAUUUGCUCUGCUGUACUCCAGAAUAUCCUUCCAUGAGGACCACCCAAGGUUUCUAUAUCUGAGGAUUCUGUCCCAUCGGUUGAGAAAUGGAUGAAAAAGAUGACAACAGAUAUAAAAUGAUGUGCUUGCCAUAGCUAUGCAUCUGUGUUUUAAUCCUUCCUCAACCUCCUGUCCUCCAGCCCCCUUCCAGUUUUUUAUAAGCUCCUAGGAUGUCCUGAGGGAUAUUUCCUGUCAGCCUUGCCGCAUGAGCUCCUGUCAUUGUCUUCCUCCUCUUCUCCUUCCUUUUCUUUCUGCUGUAGGUGGUAUACAGUUUAGUUUAGAAUAUGGACAUUUAUUGGUUAGCUGACUGGAGCACAAACUAGAUGUGAGGUAAUUUGGGAGAAGAGAAGAUUGUUGGUAAGAGGAGGAACUUGAGCUGCAGAGGUCAAGUCUAACAAAGUGGCCAAAGCUGGAUCCAAGACACAUUGGUUAAGGAACGAAGAAAACAGACAACAUAGAUGCAUAGUUAUGGUGAGUGCAUACAUUUUAUUUAUAUAUUGCAGAAUAUCAGUUUGUUUAUUUCCCAUUUAUUUUCUCUGCUGUAACUCUAAAUGUCAUCAGUGUGUUAAGUCCUGAUGUAUGAACCUUUUUUCCACCUUGUGUUGCUUGAUGUUCCAGAGUUUUUCCCAACAAUCCCACACACUGCCCCUUUCACACCAGUCUUUUGAGCCCACACUUGAGAACUUUAGCCAUUUGUCUCAUACUGCUAAGUACAGUGUAAAUAUUUGGUAGACUAGCAACAUGAUUAGUUCAGAUAAAUGUUGAGUUGCCAAAUGAAAACGCAUCAAAAAUGUUCACCAAAAUUAACUUCUGUAAAACUUAGAAGACAAUUUUUCAUGGGGGGGGUUCAAGCCCUCCUUUUACCCCCUGGGGGGCAUUCCACACACACCCUAGACUUGUAUAUACCAACUCCGAGGUUGCACACCAGCGAAUAAAAAGGCAAACUCCACUGUUGGCAUAAUUAGGUUUGGUGAACAGUAUUUAUUAUUUUUGUGUUUGCUGAAACUGCCUUCAUCAGCCUGACACCCUCCUGAUUGUUCUUGCUACUGAAAUAAAUGCUGGAUCAUUCAAUAGCAUCUACCUGGUGAACAUUUUAAUGGUGUUUCAAGGCAGUUUUACCACUGAUAAGCAUCACAGUCUCAUUUAUUUUAUAUUGCUUAUUUUGUUUGUUGUCCUUUGUUUUCUGUGAGUGUAGCAGAUGUCUCUCCACCUCAGUCAGUAAGCUUAUUUUUUUUUAUGUGUUGUGUGCAGAGUAUUUGUAAAUGAAGUCCAAAAUAAAAGAAACAUUUUCAGCUUGA